UCACUUCUCCACAUAGUGCAACACCAUUAAGGCUGAAAACCCCUGUCGUUGCCAUAAAAUGUUCUGGAGAUUAACAUGAGUCGUGGCUGCUUGGCAAUAAGCUUUUGUUUGCAUUUUACUUACAGAGAAUUACCUCCCAGCUCGUGGAUCUAGGCAUAGCAGCGCCGCCAUCGAUGCCUCGCAUUCGCGUUCACGAAAUAACACAGGACGGUUUUGAUGAUUAUAAUGAUGGUCAUGCCCUCUCGAAAUGGCAUGACUAGCCUUUGUUCUCUCCUGCGUCACUCCUAUUGUUAGGCAUGACCAAACACUUUAUUCUUACGAAAAUAUAAUUUUUUGAAAAAUGUUAACUCUGAAAAUUGAUGGUCAUGCCCGGCAUGACAAGCAUGACCGCUAGCUACGCCACUGCGUUUGGGAUUGGAAAACUGAGGGAGUUGUCUGAAAAAGGCGAAUUGAUUGUUGUUACUGGGAAGUGGAUUGUCGUUUAAAAUUUCGCAAAAAAGCAGAGUGUUAAUGGAGGCUGUGAAAUACCAGGACAGAGGCGCAGAAGCUUUCUCGGGACCCGGAGAAAUUUUUGAGAAAUCCUAAUUUGUUUUCUUUGCAUUCGAGUGAAUAAUAAAAUUCAAGCAGUUUGUUGAUGAUGAUAUCGAAGGGAUUCUCGUUGGCUUGUAUAUUCCAAGUUUGUUUUGGUAUUGUCGCAGGUGGUUACACACCAAAAUGGUCAUGUGACUUUGAAGGUGGUUCAUGUGACUGGUUACAGUCUCAAGAUGAUGGUCUGGAUUGGACCAAUGAUAUUGGGAGUAAAUGGAAUAUGGUAGAUCAUACUAUUGGAUCUCUAUAUGGACAUUUUAUGUUGCUGAGGCUGUCAUCAUUACACAGUGAAACUGGAACAGGAAAGCUUGUUUCACCAUUAAUGAGGCCAACAAAAAAGCCUUGUCAGAUGGUUUUCCACUACCAAGGCAAAGGUUCCAGUGGCUACCCUUUGCAACUUGUUAUAAGAAUAUUAUCAAAAGAAUUUACCAAGAUAUUUCACAAAGAUCUGUUCAAUACUACAGUGAUGCCAAACUAUUGGGAAAAAGUGGAAUUGAGCAUACAAAGUAGUGCUUAUUAUCAGUUGGAAAUCGUGGGAUACAUUGCUCGCUCAAGAAGUGCAUAUAUUGCUAUUGAUGACGUCAUGUUCACAAGUGAAUGUCUAACAGAUGAGGAAACAGGUGUGAAGAUUCUGAAACCGCCCUUCUCCUCUGCAUUCAAUUUCCCAGAAGGUGUAUUCUACUAUCUUGGAAGUGUGGUUUGCGAAAAAUACACAGCCCAAUAUGUCUGCAAAUUGCUAAGACAGAACGGUUUGGCAAGAGACAGUUUAGUCAUACGAGGAUUAUAUUCCAGUCAAAGAAUGUGCUUUCCUCCAGAGUGGAAUCCACCAAAUGCCACAGGAUGCAAUCUCAACACAAGAUGCAUCGAUGCAAUAUUUUGGAGAUGCAAACAAGAUCAUAUCUUCAAGUGCCCAGAUCUAACACACAAGACCUGCACCAGCGCUUUUGGAACACCAAAAUGUUAUUCACACAACCAGCAAUGUGAUUACGUCAACAACUGUCCUGGAGGGGAAGAUGAAGAUGACUGUCAUCUAUUCAACAGAUGCAACUUCAAGAAGGAUUUCUGCAGCUGGGUUCCUUCGAAGAACAUAACUCUGAAAUGGAAAAGAUAUCGAGAUCUUGGAUCCGGUGGAUACAUCAUAAGGCUUAAUAGUUCUGUGACCCAGGACAAAACAGAAGUAUCAAGGUUGCAGCUGCAUGGUUUUAUUAAAGGAUCCACCAACUUAAUCUGCGUGAUACGAUUUUCAUAUCGGAUGCUUCCUUGGCACAACGUGGUUCUAAGACUGGUCCUUAAGUGGCCUGAUGAGAGUAGAACGGUUUGGUCGAGGACACAGGCGAGGAACGAUAUGUGGAGAAAAGAAUUUUUGGAGCUUCGUUAUUCUGGAAUCUUUGAAUUAUGGUUCGAAGCUGGUGGUAAACCAGAUGUUUCGAUUUACAUUGAUUUAGCCAAUGUUUCCUUCUCCAAACAAUGUGUUUUUAUUAACGAAUCUAAAGCUUUGCUACGUGAGCCAGCAAGCUAUUUUUUAUGCCGAAAUGGCCAGCAAAUUUCACGAAAGCAAAUGUGCAACUUGAAUCAAGACUGUCUCGAAAACAGCGAUGAACUGAAUUGUACUUAUGACAAAGAGCGUUGCACUUUUGAAAAUUCUCUUUGCAACUGGAAAGUCGAUCAAAAUGUCCCAAUUACUUUGACACGUCGGACAAGCAAUGCAAUGCAUGGUUUUUUUGGACCACAAAUGGAUCACACAACUAAUAGUACAAGUGGCUAUUAUAUUCAUUUUGAUGCAAGAAAGCGCUUACCAGAAGUCUUUGGCCAGCUCAUCAGCAAUGUAAUGCAAAUUUCGAGCUCCAGGAAAUGCACGUUCCGUUGGUUCUAUCGCAUAUACCAAGAUGGCUACUUCUUCACUGAUAAACUGCUCGUCAUAUACUACAACCCCAUUUUGAAGACCGAGAAAAAGCUUUGGUAUGUUGAAGGUGAACAGGGAGCGAACUGGAAACUUGGAAGUGUCACAUUUGAUAUUACGUCUUUUAAUUAUCAGAUAAUUCUAAGAUUUGAACGAGGUGAUAGUUUUUUAAGUGACAUUGCAGUUGACGAUGUCUCCUUUUCAGAGGAAUGCUACAAAAGGAAUGAAUACUCUCCUAUUUCCAUAAUGCAAGACUGCAGCAUUGCAAAGACCUUUUUUACAAUCAAUGGCAGCACAGCGGCCAUCUUGUUUACUUUUCAGCAGAACAUGGGUAAUGACGUCAACUGUCGAUGGUCAAUUGACACCGAUUCGAGGCUAAAGAUAGGGCUGUCUGCAGAUUACUUUGUCACAGAUCCUAACGAUUUUUUGGCAAUGCAAAGUGGAAAUGUAGAUACAAAUAACACAGUUGGAAAUUUUUCUGGCUACAUUGCCCCGUUUUACUUCAUCUCAAACAGCAGUAGAAUGGAAAUUCAUUUUCAUGCAACACAAUUAAACCGCUCUCAUGGUUUUGCAUUAAACUUAUUUUCAACAGAUGAAAAAGCAACUGCGUUGACUUUUUAUCAACCAGCACAGGGUCAGCCUACUAUCAACUAUUAUAGAGUUUGCAACGGACCAGUCUUUACAAAAAGUCGAUACCAAGGACGUAAAACUUUUAAGACCCCUUCCAGCUCAUAUGGCAGUAACUUGUACAGUAAAAAUGAAAACUGCACAUACCAGUUCUACGUUUCACAGGGAUAUCGUCUGAAAUUCAAUUUUACAAAGUUUGAUACUGAAAAUGGAUCUGAUUACAUUGAAAUUUUGAACAGCGCCAUUCUUGGUCCUCAGACGUUUUCUGGUGCACUUCAAGAAUUCUAUUUCAUAUCAAAGAACAGUUUUCUUUCUUUCAAUUUCAUAACAAAUGACGUCAUCGAAAAAGAAGGCUGCACCUUUGAUGUUACUGCAACUAUGGAAUCAACGAGAGGUGCAACUCGAUAUCUCAAAACAGUAGAGCCUCAAGUCAGUACAAUGUCACCCACAGAGCAACCAAUGCAGUUUUUAACUCAAACCUGUGACAAUUACAACAGUAACCUUUGGCCUGGCGAUAAGUACUUUGGAUCGACCAUUUCAUUAGGUCACUUUUCCUCCUAUCCUCGUGCUAUCAAUUGCUCUUGGACAAUGCCACAGAAGACUGGACUCAAAUACGUCAUAGAAAUUUCAUACUUCUACGCAGCCAGGCACUUAGACGCGUUGAGUAUCAGCACCAUCUCAAAGUCAUCACCCCAACUACUUUCGUCUCUAAAGAAAAUAAAAAAGCUCGAAAACCUUUUGGUGAUCACAGAUGACCCAUUCUUGGUCAAAACUAUAAUUGCCAGCUCACAUCGACGUUUUGCUCAUGCAUUUACAUACUCUGUUUACCCAGGCUGCUACGAUGCUUCUCUCAAAUACGUAUUUUUCAAAGACAAAAACACUGAAUCAAAAGAACAGUGUGUGAGUUCUUGUUACAAACGAGACUUUCAAUAUGCCUUUUUCAUCGUGGACAUUAAAAAUGAGUGUUACUGUGAUAAUAUGGAGCCAGCGAGGCGUAGUCGUUACAUGAAGCAUCCCAGACAUUGCUGUAUCCCACCAUUCACAGGAUCCUGUAAUAGAGGAGACAGUGGAGUGCUCCUGCUCAGCGUUGAUGCAACAGCAACAACGACAGAAAACAAGCAAUCCCAAGAUUCUGGUCGCAUAGCAACAAUAGCUGCUUCUGUCUCUGUAUUUCUUGUGGUUGCUGUCAUCGUGGGGGUCGUCAUAUUCUUAAGGUGGAGACGCAAAAAAUCUGCAGAUGCAGCUUCUUCGCAUGCUAGCUUAAGGAAGACUAGUACCCAUAACUCUGUUGAGAUGGAGCCCAUCGCUUUUGCGUGUGAGCUUCCAGCAGUAAGGAAUUCAGAUAACACUCUAAUAAAACAUGGCGAUAGGAAAAACUCUGCUGAUCUAUCUGCCAGAUCGUAACCCAUUGGUGGAAUUUAAUCCAAUCAGAGCUUAUUUGCUGUUAUCUUUAAUUCAUUUACCUCACUCUCGAGUCUUUUCAAAUAAUGGAAAUAUGCUUCAACAGUUUUUUGACGUUUAAAACAUUUUGGAUGUUGGCAAUAUUGUUUUACGAGAAUUAUUUGUAAGGUGCAGGCUAGGGACAUUCUUUUUAAUCUAAGUUAUGGAACAACUUCGAACCCUCUCAUGAUUAUGCAGAAUUAAAGUAGCCAUUACCUUUACAUUCCAAGACAUCUUCAGAUGAUUAAUUAAUUGUUUAGAAUCAACAAAAAAGAAUAACCGAAGGUAGACGCCUCUGAUAAUGUGACAUCAAGUUUUGGCAUGAAAUUGAAUGCAGACCGAGAGGUGGUUAAUUCUUGCAAAUUGAGGCAUUUCUUUAAUUUCUAGUAGAAGCCCCUUAAAUUAAGAACACAACUGAUAACUAAUAUUUGUUUUUAUGGUAAGAAAUAUUCAUAUGCUAAUGCUGUUUAUGCAUCUCCAGUAUUAACAGAUGUACAUAUCAGUUCAUACCUACACAUGCUGUAUAGAACGUUAAAAAGCGUCCUGGAUUGGGGCGUGGCUAUUCAUAGAGCGACAUGCAUACACAUUGGAAGCAAUUCAAAAUUUGCAUGAGACAAGUAGGCAAAUAUGGCACCUCCGUGAGCUGGAAGUUGGUACUUAAUUUUGUUUCUGAAAAGUUGAGGGCAAGUAACCCUGUGCCCUGGUUCCUGCGUUCAUUGUAACAGGAUGGUAUUUUCAAAUAAAGAAAUGUUCAGUCUUCAAGUGUUGAAGUUAACCAUCUAAAAUGGGCUUGGAAAAAGUCCAUUACCCAU